CGCAAACACUAGUUGCAAAUUGUACCGUCAAGGAUGAAACAUUAGAGCAACGUUAGCAAUGAGUGAAGAAAAUGAUGAACACCAAUCCGUUUGAGAACAAUUGAAGUGUUUCAAAGCUCCAGCUGGAAGUCUGGGACCCUCCCCGUGCCUUUGACCUCACUCGAUGGAUUUUUCCCUCUUCAAAGAAAACGCCGACCCCACCAUGAAAGCCAUUCACACAGUUGAGAGGCUGGCGGACAGCAUCACCGAGAAGUGCUUCUUGCCUUGCGUGGAGAAAGCCGCCGGCUCGCUGGAUGCGAGAUCAUGCAGGAUCUGCACUGAGCAUGUCCCACAGGAGGAGACCACAUUAUGCAAAAAGACUGCAACAGCAGAUGGGAAAAGCGGCGGCAACGAGCGAGCGAGCGCCUCUCCUGUACGCCCGGCAGGUGCUGGCUCGGUUAACGGCCCAGCACCAACCCGUUUCAUCCACAAGGAUCAUGGCUUGAGGGGCAGGGGCUUUUGGCUCUUUGGCAACAUGGGCAACCAGGACGGGAAGCUGAAAAAGACGGUAGGAGACGGCCAGGAAUGUCCGGACGACUCCCGGCUCAAGGAUGCUGACGGUACAAAGAAAGGGUCGGGAGGCAAGAAGGCGCAUGCAAAGCACGGUAAGGGAAACGAGAGCCAUAGGAAGAAGAAAUCCGAGUCCGCCCGCUCGGUUUUCUCCAUCAGGAAGAGAAAGCAGCAGUCCCGGGGUAAGAAUGGGUCCAAGGAUGAUAUAUCAGAGAGCCGGGCCCUGCACAUUGAAGAGCUGGACAGCGUUCACUCCGUUACAAAGACCCCAGAUAUUAGUAUUUCAGCGGACGAGGGAGGGCUGACCGAUACCGAAGCCGAGCCGCUCGACAUCACCAACGACAGUCUGCCCGCUGCUCCCGAGCCGCCCACCGGCCAGCGGCUCAGCUCGGAAUCGGACACCGACAUCUACAGCUUCCACUCGGCCGCCGAGCAGGAGGACCUGCUCUCCGACAUUCAGCACGCCAUCCAGCUGCAGUGGCUGGGCAAGGAAGCCGAGGCAAAGCUUUCGCAAACCGCGCCGCAGGCGGGGGUAAACGGGGCACCGGGUAGCCUUGCUGUACAGUCCAACCAACAUCAGCAGGGUGAGCCUGCCUCCAGGGCCCAGCUAGCCAAGGAGAAUGCAGAACAUAUCAAAGCCCCUGUUGAAGAGAGUCUGCUUCCUAAUCUGGAGGAGGGGACGCAGGAGAUUCGUGUUGAUGCUAACGGUGGUCCAGUGGGCGACCUGUCAAUAACGCAGAAUGGGUUUGAAUCUCUUCCCGAGCCGCCAGCUGCUCCUGCAGAGGUUCUACCGCGAGCUAAAGCUGAGUUGACUCUCAACCAGGAUGCUGGCGACCACAGUGUGCCCAAUGGACUGGCGGGCUCCGAUUCCGAGGUGCCGAGUGAUGCCUCGGAGUCCGCCGUUGAGGCUAGCGCCCGCCGCGUUAGCGAGGACAAACCGGUCUUUUCCACCGGCAAUUCCCGCUCUCACAAGCCGCCGGGACCGUCUGCCGCUGUCAGGGCUCAUACCCCCGUCAGUGCCAUCUUUAUCCGAACGACGACCAGGCAGCUGAGCUCCCCCAGCCACUCCCCCUUGGCUUCGCCCUCGCAGAGCCCCCGGUGCCAGAGGCGGCGCCGGGGGGUAGAGCACAAGUGGAGCAGAGACCGGAUGAGAGCGGAGAAGUGCCCCAGCGAGAGGAAGAUCCUGAGCCGCUCGGCUGACUGGACCGAGGAGCUGAGGCGACCGACUGCAGUCCGUGUCAAGAAAACGGGGUCUGUGGACUCGCUACACCGCUCAGGACCUCCCGAAAUUUCAUCUCUUCGACCGGCUAAGAGGCCUUCCUUACCCGAGAGCGGCUACCCCGAGAUCUUCACAGGGCGUACAUUGCUUGAAAAACUAUUCGGGCAGCAAGAGAAAGUACAGCUUUCAGGUGAACAUGAAGCAGAGAAGCUGUGCUCCCGUAUUCUGGCAAUGGGCUUGCUGCUUCCAUUUGGGGACUGUUUCAGAGAGCAGUUUUAUGGAGAAGCACCACAAACCACCACCAAAUUUGAUCAGGACAAGUUGUACACAUGGGCAGCUGUCAGCCAGCCAACUCAGUCACGUGACCAUGGGGAAGAUCGCAUCCCUGGGAGAAUUCAGGCAGUGUGGCCGCCUUCGAAGCCCUGGGCAGAAGAAAAACUGAAGUAUGUAGAAUCAGAGAAUCGUGAUGCUGUCCUAAGUCUGAAAAGGAUACAGAAGGAAGAACUACACACUUUACAAAAAGAUAAUGAAGAGAAAACGGCAGAAGUGAAGGAACAACAGGUUGCUGUUAUCCAGAAACUCGAGCAGACUAUUGAGCAAUUAAGAACCAAAAUUGCUGAACUGGAGAAGCAGUCAGCCCUGCUUGACCAGGAGAGCACUGUAAAGUACCAGGAACCUGGCAGUGAGGAUGUAGCUUCGAACACGCCUGAUGUUCAAACUGACUGGCAGACGCCUCUUCUAACACAUACACAGAGAUUUUGUGUAGAAGCUAAAUCUGCACAGACUUCACCUACUCAAGAACAUGCUUCUAUUCAAGUGCCUUUAUUCAACAACCAUUCUUCACAGCCUCCAACUUCCAGCUGUAUGGUUUCCUCCUCUCAGGAUCGUUUGGUAAAUGUAACCACAGUACAAUCACGCACUCUGGGAGAUCCAUGCGUUGCUUCGCAAGUGCUGGCUUUUCAGCCUGACCAAGGUUCCCCUACUCCAGCGGGUCAAAGUUUACAGGAUCUCCCGCAAAUUGUAUCCAAUCAUUGUACAUUGUCUCCGCUGGCAAGCUGCCAAUCAACUUCUCUGCCUGCGGUGGGAAUUCUACAUUCGCCUGUUCUACCUAGUAGAGAGCGUUUGCCGUCGCCAAUUUCUCCACCUGCCUCUGACCCAUCGGGUAUUUCAGCCCCAUUUCUUCUUCCUCCUCCUCCACCGCCCCUUCCUCCUUUUGAUUCUGAGCAUGUCCCUCCACUUCAGCUGCCGCCUGGCUGUGGGUACCCACCCCCUCCCCCUCUGCCUGGCUCCAUGUCCCAGCCUUCUCCUCCGUCUCCACCCCCUCUGCCCGGCUCUGCUGUCCCUCCUCCUCCUCCUUUACCUAGCUCUGUUUCUCCUGCUCGCCCAUUACCCUGCUCUGCCAUUCCACCUGCUCCCCCACUGCCUGACUCUGGGCUUCCCCCACCCCCUCCUCCUCUUCCCGGCUCUGCCAUUCCGCCCCCUCCUCCUCUUCCCGGCUCUGCCAUUCCGCCCCCUCCUCCUCUUCCCGGCUCUGCCAUUCCGCCCCCUCCACCUCUGCCCGGCUCUGCCGUUCCCACUCCGCCCCCUCCUCCACCUCUGCCCGGCUCUGCCGUUCCCCCUCCGCCCCCUCCUCCACCUCUGCCCGGCUCUGCCGUUCCCCCUCCGCCCCCUCCUCCACCUCUGCCCGGCUCUGCCGUUCCCCCUCCGCCCCCUCCUCCACCUCUGCCCGGCUCUGCCGUUCCCCCUCCGCCCCCUCCUCCACCUCUGCCCGGCUCUGCCGUUCCCCCUCCGCCACCCCCUCCACCUCUGCCCGGCUGUGCCGUUCCCCCUCCGCCGCCCCCUCCACCUCUGCCCGGCUCUGCCGUUCCCCCUCCGCCCCCUCCUCCACCUCUGCCCGGCUGUGCCGUUCCCCCUCCGCCGCCCCCUCCACCUCUGCCCGGCUGUGCCGUUCCCCCUCCGCCGCCCCCUCCACCUCUGCCCGGCUGUGCCGUUCCCCCUCCGCCGCCCCCUCCACCUCUGCCCGGCUGUGCCUUCCCACCUCCUUUUGCUGGAUCUGGAGUUGCUCCCCCAGUGCAGAUGGGGCUGUGUCCACCACUUCCUCCUCCAGGCUCGGGUUUUCUUCCACCACCCCUUCCGUCAGGAUUUCUUGCUAUUGGAAUGAAGGACAAAUUGCCAAGGAAAGUUGCCAUUGACCCAUCCCGUCCAAUGAAGCCUCUCUAUUGGUCAAGAAUCCAGCUAAGCGGCAAAAGAGAAACAACACUACCCAUUUGGGCAGCACUGGAAGAACCGACAAUUAAUGCUCAAGAACUGGAAAACUACUUCUCCAAAUCGGCUGUCAAGGAGAGGAAAAAGCCAAUUUUGGAUACAUACAGCAAAACAAAAGCCAGACAGGUUGUGAAACUUCUGAGCAACAAGAGGUCGCAGGCUGUUGGAAUUUUGAUGUCAAGUCUUCACUUGGAGAUGAAAGAUAUCCAGCACGCUGUUCUGAACUUGGACAAUUCCGUGGUUGACCUGGAGACCCUUCAAGCCCUGUAUGAGAAUAGAGCACAACAUGAAGAGUUGGAGAAAAUUGAGAAGCAGAUCCAUAAAUCCUCUAAAGAUAAAGAUAAUGCCAAGCCUUUGGAUAAACCGGAACAGUUUCUCUAUGAACUAUCUCAAAUCGUCAACUUCUCCGAACGUGUGUUUUGCAUCCUUUUCCAAUCUACCUUCUUAGAAAAUAUCGCUGCCAUCAACCGUAAGCUUGAAUUAAUGGACAAGUUAUGUAAGACGCUGCAAACAAGUACUGGUGUAAAGCAGGUACUGAGUUUGAUUCUUGCUUUUGGAAACUACAUGAAUGGUGGGAACAGAAGUCGAGGCCAAGCAGAUGGCUUUGGCUUAGAGAUCCUUCCUAAACUUCGAGAUGUGAAGAGCAGUGACAACAGUAUUAACCUCCUCUUCUACCUGGUAUCAUAUUAUCUGCGUAAUUUUGAUAAGGAUGCAGGUACAGAAAAAAGUGUUUUCCCUUUGCCAGAACCGCAAGACUUGUUUCAAGCUUCACAGAUAAAGUUUGAGGACUUUGAGAAGGACCUCCGUAAACUGAAGAAGGACUUGAAAGUUUGUGAGACAGAAAUGGAAAAAGUCUGCCGCCUUUCACCAGAAGAACAUCUACAGCCUUUUAAAGAUAAAAUGGAAGAAUUCAUUAAUCAAGCAAAGUCUGAUGAAGAAUCGCAAGAAGCUUUCUUGUCUGGAACACACAAAAGCUUCUUGGAAACGGCAGCAUACUUCAGCAUGAAGCCAAAGUCAGGAGACAAAGAAGUCACUCCAAAUCAUUUAUUUACCAUUUGGCAUGAGUUUUGCACUGACUUCAAGGAGUACUGGAAAAAGGAAAGUAAAGUUAUACUGAAAGAAAAGAUCAAAGAGGCAGAAGCACACAUACACAGCCAGAAGAAAGAAAGGUCUUAUUCAGUCAAGGAAAAAGGCGAAACUGGAAUAAAAGCAAAAGUGACCAUGAAAGACAAGCGUAUGAAUGAAUCAUGUCCUUAGAGGGUUAAAUCCAUUCUGCUGUUGUCAUCUCGUUUUGAGUUUCUACCCAUGUAAUGGGACAACAUUAUCUCACUCUUCUGUGGCCAUUACAUUGAGGAAGUAUUAUUGCUUACAACUUGAUUGGUCAGUUGAGCCAUAAGAGCAUACUACUCUUUAUCUGCUACAUAAGGGCAUUGCAUUAUUCAACUGCAUGCUCAUUAGGCAAGCAACAGAACUCUGCAUCUUCUGGAAAGUAUUAGACCUGAAGAGAUCCUGGAUUUCUGGGACUCCAGGUCAGUCACUCCUGAACUGAUGAUUCGUCGAGGAACAUGACACAAUCGAUGAUUGCAGGUGUUUAAUCCUUUCACUGGCACUGUGUAAUUUACAUUAAAAAAAAUAGAUAUAUAUAUUCCAGGAUAGCAUUAAUAAGUAAAAAUUGGGCAGAUUCUAGAUUUUUUGUCUGAAUCACUAACAGUGCAUGAUAAAGGAGUUAUUUUCUUAAAUAUCACUUUCUAAACCCCCAACCUUCCGCCCCUGGUGACUUGUUCUUUGGCAACGUAUCUGCAUGGGCAAGCUUCAUCUUGAAGGGAUUAAUCACCAUAAUAAAAUGUUGGGAGUAUUUUUGGUUUGCUUAGGAAGGAUCUGGUAUUGCUCUGAAGGUGGGGAAGGGGUGAUAGGGGACAGUUAAGUUUGUCAAUAGUAGGCAUUUUCCCAGUAUUAAGGUGGAGCAUUGUCUGUUGGAGAUGAUGUGGUAAUGAAAGGCACUACAGUUAAGCUAUUACUAGGAUUAAGUUAUAAAGGGAUAAUGGACACUUACCUGUACACUUCAUAGUUCUUUUGUGUUUUAAAUGUAAAUUUGGUGUCUUACUUCUGUUCAUAAGACAAUAUUAAAUUAUUUAAUUAUAGGUACAUAAUAGCAUGUUGAUUUUAGAUUCUAUUGUGCCAGGAUAAUUUAUUUGUAAAAUGCUGUAAGUUGACAAUAGUCUGUUAAAAUCGCCAAGUGCAAUACUGUAUUUAGUAUUUCUAUUUGGAGUUUCUUUUCAAGGUUUAUUUGUAAGAAAUAUACUGUAGGUUUUUUUCUGGUUAAUAAAAUUUGGCUAAUACUCAAAGUAUUUUUGUGGUAUGUUUAACUGUACAUUAAUGAGGGGGCAGUGCCCAGUUGUGAUCUUUUCUGCAGGCAAACAGCUUGAAUAGAUUUUUGUGUCUGAAUCGCAUCCUUUACCCCUGUACACCAUCUGCUUCUCUGUAACGUGACCUACAACCGAAAGUGGAUUGUUCACCAAACCUGCCUUUUGUGUUUCUCAGUCACUCCCCAUGGCAAUAACCUGGGAGCUGCUUGUUGGCCACAGAAGGAGCUAGCAUGGAUAAAUGGAAUAAAAGUAUGGGGAUGUAGGAAAAAAGAGCUCCUUGCUGAGGUCUAAAUCCUGUGAUUUCCCAAUGUGCAACCUAGUAUGAUCACUAAUUAAUGGUCUAACUGUGGAAUUUAGCAUUUUAUGCUAUUACUGAUACUUAAAUCCAUGUUAAUGUACAAUGAAAUGGUCUAGAAAUUAACUGCACAGCAGUAAACAUGACUGAAUUAUACAUGGAUCCAUUACACAAUGCUAUCAGUAAUUAUAUUAACCCAAUAAGAAUACCUGAAGUCAUGUUAGUCUACUAAAAGCUGGAUGGAAACUAUUUAAAGGAGAAAAAUAAAAACACCAGCUAUUUUUGGGCUAAAGGGUAUUAUAGCAAUUUUGAAGUGGAUGCUUUUGUGUCUGGGUGACUAGUGAUUUCCUGUUUCACUUGUAAUAUAUGCCAACAAUAAAG